AUGGCCGUCCUUGCUGCUUCGAUCUGUACCCAGUCGGGUAAGCCCCUUCUCUCACGGCUGUUCCGUGAUUUGAGCAAAGAUCGGAUCACUACAUUUUUAGGCAACUUUCCUUCCUUACUUGCCACGUCCGAGUCUCAAAAUACGACGGUUGAGGACGAGAAUGUGCGAUAUGUCUUUCAAUCUGUGGGUGAGUGCUACAUUGUUCUCAUUACCACCAAGCAAUCCAACAUUUUGGAGGACAUUGAGACCUUGCACUUGUUUGUUAGUGUGACUAGUAACAUGUUGAGAACAGUGGACGAACGCGGAGUAUUCGAGAGUGCUUUUGAACUUUUAAGUGCUUUUGACGAGAUUGUCACCAUGGGCUACAAGGAGAAGCUUACUGUUCUGCAAGUUCAGACCUUUUUGGAGAUGGACUCCCACGAAGAGAAGAUCCAGGAGAUCAUCGAGAAAAACAAGGAGUUGGAGGCUGCUGAGGAGCGUCGUCGUCGUGCCAAGGAAAUUCAAAGAAAAGAAUUCGAGCGUAGAGCCAUGGAGCAGCAGCAGGCUGCCAUCUAUGGCAACUCCGGUGCUGGUGCACAACUGCAGACACGGGAUUCUUUCAACUACACCUCAUCCGCUCCAUCUGUACCAUCUUACACUGCCAACACUGUGCCCGAGCCCGUGGCUCCUGAGCCAUUCACUGCUCCUAAACCAAUUGGUGGCAAGGGUUUGAAAUUGGGUAAGAAACCCACACGCUUGUCCGGCCACAAGGAGCUGGGCCAGCCAUUGCUUUCUUCCAGUCCUCUCCUAACCACCCCUCAACCUCAACAGAGUCAAACAAUUCAACAACAAGCUCCUGUCAGUGUUCCUGUGGCUUCUCAACCCCAAGUAUCCACUCCAUUACGUGCUGAGUCGGCCUCCUCCUCUCCAGCUCCAAGCAACUCAGGAGCUGGGAAGCAAUUCAACAACGGUAUUCUAAUCACAGUGAACGAGAAGGUCACCGCACACAUAAACCACGAAAAUGGUAUCAUUGCCUCUGAGGUUAAGGGUGACCUCAAUUUGCGCAUCAACAACUCUGAAUUAGCUCGCUCGAAGAUUUUGUUGAAGGUCGGAAACUCCACCAACACACAGUACAAAACGCAUCCUAACGUUGACAGAAACUUAUUCUCGUCCGAGGGCGUUAUUGCCUUGAAGGAUAAGUCUAAGCCAUUCCCAAGUAACGAUCAGAGUUUGGGUGUAUUGAGAUGGAGAGCCACAGCUAAGGAUGGUGACUCUAGUUUGGUGCCUGUAUUAUUCACUGCAUGGGUCAACGUUUCUGAUGGUCUUGCAGAAGUUACAUUGGAAUACGAGUUGACCUCUGAGUAUCUCGAAGCUCACCCACUCCAAGAGUCUUUCGAUAUGGUUUCGAUUCUUGUGCCAAUUUCACUGGAUGAUAUCAUUUUGAAGGACGACUCUACUGGACUUGUACUGUAUGACAUCACGCAUGCUGGUGUUGAAUUCACUAUUGAGAAGAUUUUGCUUGAAAACCCACUGGGAUCAUUCGAAUUCUCCAUUCCUGCAAGCUCAGAGGAGGAUUUGUUCCCAAUGGAAGUAAACUUCAACGUUUCAAGUGUGAAUGGUACAGAGAGUGAUGUGACAUUGAGCGGUGUAUCCCUUGUAGAUGUUGUCUCCAACAACGAGCAGGAAGCCUCUCUUCCAUUCGACCUUCACCUCAACCUUGUGAAUGAGAACUACUUGGUGGACUAA